GCGCAUGCGCAGUGAAACAGGCCUAACCAGCAGAAGCGCUAACUCUGAGGAAACAGUCGCUGAACAGACUAGUAACUUUUCUUUACUAUUUUUUAUCAAAUAAAACUUUAAAGGUUGAUCUGUUUUAUUUUUUGUUUUAAAGGCAAAAUUAAAUGCAAGAUGGCAUCGGGGACGCCAUGCCUGAACAGUCGCUGGGAUCAGCCCAAGUCUAAAGCAGACCUACUGCAGGGGAUUAUUGGAAAUGUUUCCGCUAGCAACACAGUUACGGUGACCCCAAGUCCAGCUGGUACACCAGGGGCAGGUUCUCCGUCCUCGUCUGCCCCAGCACAGGGAGGAGUGGAGAUGGCCACCGCCAUGGCUGCUAAACUAAACGCCAUGUUGAUGGCUAAAGGAAAACUCAAACCGUUGCAGCCUUUACCUAGUAAGGCUCCUCCCUCUGCCCCUGUUCCUGUCAGCAGUGAGGAGAUUGUUGUCACAGAAGUGGAUAUUAAUGAUGUUCCUGUGAACUGUCGGAAUCUGCUCACCAAAAGCAAAACACAGGAGGAGAUUCGUCUGUACAGCGGCGCGCUGGUGUCCACUAAAGGCCUGUACCUGAGUGAUGCUGAGAAGUCCACCUACACAGGAGGAGAGCGUCCUCUGUAUCUGCAUGUUCAGGGGCGGAGCCAGGAUGAAGUCAACAAGGCUGUGAUGCGCAUCAAAGAAAUAAUCUCUGAGGAUGUGAUGCGAGCAUCAGGGGGUCAGCAGCCGGCUGUAAUGCCCCCGGUUCCUGUUUACCCCCAGCCCCCACGACCUUCUGUCCCCCCACAGCCACACCUCCCUACGCCACGCCCCCCCAACGCUCCUGUAACGCCCGCACACAGACCCCCUCCUCCUCACGCUGGGAGUUUUGUGCACACUAAGCUAUUUGUAGGAUUGGAGCAAUGCCUGCCGGACUUCCACGUGAACGAGAAGGUGGAGGGACCCAGCGGCUCGUACCUGCAGCACAUCCAGACGGAGACUGGGGCGCGGGUCUUCCUGCGGGGGAAGGGCUCAGGCUACAUCGAACAGGCUUCACGGAGAGAAUCGUUCGAACCCCUGUACCUCUACAUCAGCCACCCGAACUCUGCUGGCCUGGAAGCAGCCAAGAAGCUCUGUGAGAGCCUCCUAGAGACAGUGCGGGCUGAACAUGCACGUAUGGUAUCUGUGUACACAGCUACUGGUUCCACACAAGCGACAUACCCGUCUCACGGAUACUCGUCCUCCAGCAGCAGUAGUUACAGCAGCCAGUCGUGGUACGGCUACCCCAGUGUUUACCCAUCAUACCCAGGGACAGGAAGUUACUGGAGUCGAGCAGACACUUCAGGUUCAGACAGUGCACAGAUGGUGCAGUAUCCCAUGUGUCCUCGCCAAGCCACUUCAUUCAUACUGCAGGAUGAAGUCAAGACCUCGGACGCUGCUGCAAACGACUCGUCCAGCCCAAAAAGACGCUUCAUAGAGGAAAGUGAGGAGGAGGAAGGAGAAAAAGACUUAGCACAGGAACCUAAACCAGAAGGUCCAGUGGAAGAACCCGUGUCAAGUGCUGAUAAUGAGGUCAACAAUUCUGACCAAGUAUUGAUGCCUCCUCCACCUCUUCCUGUGGUGUCGCUCCCAGCACCCCUCAAGAGACCGAGACAAGAACCUGCUCACACACACACAGAUGAAGAGGAGGUGAAGAAGAUAAAGAUCUCCUCAGACUCUCUAGGUCUCGUCCCGUAUGGUGGAGACUCCUCGGAUGAGGAAGAGGAAAGAACUCGCAGUGGGAGAAAAAGCCAUUCUUAACCACACCCACACACACACCCACACACACACACCCACACACACCCACACACACACACACCCACACACCCACACCGUUCUCCCUAGUCACAUUAGCACCAUGUUAUCCCCAAGCCGUUGUUUAGGUGUGACCCCUGACUCCUCGAGUCUUUCUCUGAGCUGAAUUUUUCUGAGUUUGAAAAAUGUUGUAACUGUUCCUAUGGAAUAAAACCUCAACCUUGAAAUGUUUUUUUUUUUUUUUUUUUUUUGGCCUUCAAUUUGCUCACAUCUCUAUUUCUGGAUCUGGAACAUCAGCAUCAUUACACAACACGUUUUUGAGAACUGAUUUGGCGACCUGAAACUUCUGGAGGUGCUUUCUGAAUCUGCACAGCAGACCAUCGUGUCCUGCUGCUACUGCAUUGUGUGUAUUGAGUUAACCCACGAUACUGACUGCAUCUUCAGCAUGCGUUCAAAAGCUAGCUGAUUUUUGGGGCGUGUUUUUUUUUUUUUUUUUGUGGCACAGCUUCCUGUGAGGAGUCUUGACAUGGAAUGCUUGGCUUGGGUCAGUUCUUUGUAAGCAGCCAUACAGUUUACUUACGCUUCAUAUCGGUCAUAUUUCUGCGUUUGGUGUGGAGGAACUUGACUGGCCUGUACAGAGUCCUGACCUCAACUCCAUAGAACACCCUUGGGAUGAGUGGAGACUGUUAGUCUGACAAAGUUUUGGGACGUCUGCCUUUCCAUGCACUUGAAUGUAAUAUGGAGUUGUCCUGCUCUUUACAGCUAUAACAGCUUCAACUCUUCUGGGAAGGCUUUAGGAGUGUGUUUAUGGGAAUUUUUGACCGUUUCUCUAGAAGCACAUUUGUGAGGUCAGUCACUGAUGUUGGACGAGAAGGUCUGGUUCACAGCCUCCACUCUAAUUCAUCCCAAAGGUGUUCUAUGGAGUUGAGGUCAGGACUCUGUGCAGGACAGUCAAGUUCCUCCACACCAAACUCACUCAUCCAUGUCUUUAUGGACCUUGCUUUGGUCACUGGUGUGCAGUCAUGUUGGAACAGGAAGGGGUCAUCCCCAAAUUGACCAAUGAAAUUGUCCAAAAUGUCUUGGUAUGAAGCUGAAGCAUUAAGAGUUCCUUUCACUGGAACUGAGGGGCCGAACCCAACCCGAUUUGGAGGGGUGUCCCAAAACUUUAGGUUAUAUAGUAUACCUCCCUAAUUUACAACAAGGCAGAAAAAAAAAAAGAAUAGAAAACGUGCAGGUGCUGAAAACUUACUUACCCAAAACACCAGGAAUUUCUGGCUCUGCCUUCUUGAGGAAACGUAUGUCCUGUGGGAUAAAAAAAAUUCUCAAUUUUUGUGUCAAUCAUGAAUAUCUCCAGUAGAGGUCACACUUUUUCCCUUGUUUGUUUAGCCAAGCUUGAACUUGUACAGGUAGCUUUUCUGGAGAUACCUCUACAGCCAAGGAUCUGAACACGGCUCCUUCAGACACCAUGUCCAUGAUCUCACUCAGGACAAUCUGAUUAACAUCCUGUUCAACGAAUUUAACUCCACUGGUGAUCGAUUGUUAGCCCCCCUCCCUUUUUUAACCAGUUAAUAUCACAUCAAUCAUUUAUCCGGGUGUGUCAAGUUUCUAAUUGAAUCAUUAAUACAUGAUUGACACACAAUCUGACAAUUUUCUGUAAAAAUAUAUCAUCCUGAUGAUGUCACUGUGUUAGUACUGCACUCAUUUUGAUUAUUCAUGCCAGGGUUGGACCAUGCUAAACAGUCUGCCUUCUGGGGUCAUUUCUAUAUUUUCUACAGCCAUCUGGAUGUUCCAGUAGGAGUGUAAACAAGCUCCAGUUAGUCCAGAAUGCAGCAUCUAGAGUUCCUACAAGAGCCACAGAAAUUGACAUCACCCCUAACUUACCCACACUACAUGGAAGGAAGACUGUGAUGAAAACUUCAGCAAGGGGCGGAGCUUUUUCUUUUAUUCCUUACCACAUGCUAUCUUCAUUUGAAGGCCUUUAAUGUAAAACACAGUGGUAUAUUUUGUUUAUCAUAGUGCCCCAACCCACAGGAUUCCAUCAGGAAGCUUAUUUGCAAAGGUAAAUGUAGAGCUGCACUGGUUAACACUCUACACAACUCUCUACAUAAAGAACUUGGACUGUCACCUCUAUUGGGUUUAACCUUCAUAUUGUCUUCCUGUUGACCAUGCAACUUUUGUCCUCUUGGUUCAAUACUGACCUGUUCUGGUUUAACUGUUUUUAAAUCAUGAAAUGUAAAUUGACCCAAUUUUGUUACCCCUUUUAAUAAAUUUCAUUAAACUUA